AUGACGCUCACCCGUGACGUCACCGCGUGGAGAUCACGACAGGUGGAUGUCCCGGACAAAAGGUGGCGUCAUGCAGACCUGACCACGUGGGCGGGGCUGACGCCCACCUGGGCGGGGGGCGACAGAGGGGGGCCACGGCCCGGCGGGGAGGCGGAGCUUCUGCGGCCGGUGGGGGCGGGGGGCGUGCCAGAGCCCGGGGGGCGCCACCGCGUGGUUCCAUCGGUGGUCUGCGCCGUGGGGGUCCUGUUCGGCAUCGUGUAUUGCUUCUUCGGGUACCGCUGCUUCAAGGCGGUGAUGUUCCUGACCGGGCUGCUCUUCGGCUCGGCGGUGGUCUUCCUCCUGUGCGUGCGCCAGCCCCUCCCGGACAGCGCCCUGGGGCCGGAGGCGGCGGUGGGCGUGGCGGUGGGGGCGGGGCUGCUGUGCGGCCUGGUGGCCAUGCUGGUGCGCAGCGUGGGCCUGUUCCUGGUGGGGCUGCUCCUCGGCCUGCUGCUGGCCCUCGCCCUGCUGGUGGGGCUGGAGGAGCUGUCCUCCGCCCCCCCGCGCUCCGUCUGGGCCCCGCUGGGGCUCCUGCUGGGCUCGGGGACGCUCUGCGCCGUGCUCACGCUCCAGUGGCCCCGCCUCUUCACCACGCUGAGCACGGCCUGCUUCGGCGCCGCCGCCAUCACCGUGGCGAUGGACUACUUUGCGGAGCUGCUGGGGCUGGUCCUGUACGUGGUGGAGCGGCUGAAGGCGGCGCCCCGGGACGCCCCCGUCUGCUGGGUCACCUGGGCCGCGCUGGGGGUCUGGGGGACGCUGGCCGCGCUGGGGGUCCUGGUGCAGUGGAAGGUGACCGCAGAGGGGUACUCGCACACCAAGGUCAUCAUCUCUCGUCACCAGAGGCACAUGCAGGUGCUCCGGAUCCGUCAGCGCGACGACCGCGGCCGCUCUGCCCGGGGCGCCCGCGCCAAGAAGAAGAAGAACCCGGUCGCCGCUGCGGCGGGCGCCCCCGGCAACAAGGCCUCGCCGGCCGAGCCCGCCUACCGCCGCAAGCCCCACCCCAUCCGGCGCUACGACGGGGACGUGCUGUCACCGAGCUACAUCCAGAACUUCCGUGAGCGGCAGGUGGAGGUGGAGGUGUGUGGAGACGAGCCCUCCACCUCCAGCGGCCCCCCCAGCCUGCCCAUGAUGGGGAGUGGUCCACUUAACCCUCGGCCAAUCAGCAGCGGUCCACUCAACUCUCGACCAAUCAGCAGCGGCCCACUUAGCAAUCGACCAAUGAGCAGCGGCCCACUAAGCUCUAGACCAAUGAGCAGCGGCCCACUUAGCUCUCGACCAAUGAGCAGCGGCCCACUCAGCUCUCGACCAAUCAGCAGUGGUGGUCCACUUAACAGCCGACCAAUGAGCAGCGGUCCACUUAGCAAUCGACCAAUGAGCAGCAGCGGCCCCCACAACCAUCCCCUGUUAGGCAGCGGGCCCCAGAGUUCCAGACCAAUUAGCAGUGGUCCAAUUAACUCCAGACCAAUUAGCAGCGGUCCGAUUAACUCCAGACCAAUUAGCAGCGGUCCACUCAGCAAUCGACCAAUGAGCAGCAGCGGGCCCCAUAACUCCCGCCCUACGAGCAGCAGUGGCCCCCACAAUGGCCCCCCGCAGGGCAGCGGGCCCCACAGUGGCCGGCCGACCAGCAGUGGCCCCGCCAACGCCCGCCCCACCAGCUCCGGGGGCCCCCACUUUGCCCGGCCCCCGGGGGGCCCCCAUGCGGCCGUGGACCUGGGCUACGACUACGGGUCCCAGGCCGAGGCUGUGGGGCCCCUGCUCCGGAUCUGAUCGCGCCCUGCUGGCUCGCUGGCUCUCUGGGGUCCCUCUGGCUCUCCUCUCUGGGGCCCCUCUGGCUCUCCUCUCUGGGGCCCCUCUGGCUCUCUGGGGCCCCUCUGGCUCUCUGGGGCCCCUCUGGCUCUCUGGGGCCCCUCUAGGACAUUAAGUGGCCCCAGAGGAUUAAGGGACUACAGACCGGCCCCUGCUCUCAGACCCCCCCCCCUCCUGAUGUCCUAGAGGGCCCCCAGAGAGCCAGGGGGGCCCCUCUGGCUAUUCCAGACCAGGGGUUUGGGGGACCCCUGUCUAGGGACCGUCCCCCCCACGCCGUAGUGGGCGUGGCCGGGCGGGGUUGACUUUGACUCCGCCCCUGCGUCGGACCUGACCCCGCCUCUAUGCUUAAAGCCACACCCCUCCAAGGUGAACCCAUGCCCCCUACCCACGGUGAUGAUGACAUCACACCCCCCAAACACAGAUCAGGGACUCGAACCCGCAACCUCAGGGCCCUAACGCCGUCGCCCUGGGAGACGGUUAGCCUCGGUUAACUGCCAUGACAACGCAGUCUCCUCUUCCUCUUCUUCUUCUGGGAGUUUGACCUCUGAUGUGACCUACGACCUCACCAAACCCCCCCCCCCCCCCCGAGGAGGUCCUUGGGGCCCUCAGUGGGUCCCCUGGGGGGGACCCUGUCAUACACACUACACCCUGAUAGACCUGGAUUUUGUAUGAGGGAUGGGAGGUUAGAGGUCAGGGGUCAGGUGCCCAGGUUACCUCCCCACCUCGGACUGAACUAUCAGCGGUCAGAGAACGGGGGGGGGGGGGGUCACGCAGGUCCAGACCGCAGGUCAAAGGUCAAAGGUGCUUAGGGUUUGAUUCCACUCAGCCAUAUUUCCACCCCUCUGACUCGGCGACCGGACGGCACGUGGGCGGGAGUGAAGUGCUGAAUCCCCACAUCACCGCUCACCCUCUCGCGGCCGCGGGGGGUGAACUCUGUCACAGGACGUCCCGCGCUGAGCUGAGCUCUGACACGCUGAAUCAUCACCGUGUAUUUACUCAAACGCUGAUCUUCACACACACUUGUGUUUUUAUUCAUGGGGAGGAUUUAGCUCAGACCUCGUUGGGUUCAAGAUGUUUUAACGCCGUCUGAACUGUUCUUUGUUUAGUUAGAAACCACGACCGGGGAAUCUACUACUGGAACUGCUGAACUCUGUGUCCGCCAUUUUGUGAUCAUCCCCUCCCCCCACACACACCUUUACGCCUACUCUCACAAACACACACACACACACACACACACACACACACACACACACACACACACACACACACACACACACACACACACUGACACACCUACUCACACACACAAACACACACACACACACACACACACACACACACACACACACACACACCUAAACAAACACACACACACAGAAACCAGACGAUAGUACGUUAAAUAUUUCAAUACUAAAUAUCUGGGCGUCGCUCUUGAAGUCUGACUUUGUCUAAUGAAAUACUUCAUUCAAAUACAACUUUAUUUAAAAGGACCCAACAAACAAAACAUCCCCACACACAAACCCACACUGGCUCACAAGCACAGACUCCUGUGGUCAUGGCAACGCGUCAACACUGGCCUGGUCGAACCCUCUGUACAUAAAACACUUCAGGCACUGACUAACUUCAGAACCUCUCGUUAAGGUAAGGGAGGUCUGAGUGGGACACUGUCUUUAAGACAAGGGAUGAGUGGGACACUGUCUUUAAGAUGUCCUUAUGUUAUUUAUUCCUCCGCUCUGAGACUGGGACCUUAUCAUGCAUCUUGCAGUAACUUCAUGAUUCUGUUUUGAGUAGUUUUUUUUAAGGGAACAACUUUGCUAAUUAUUUGGAUUAAUAAAGCAUGUAUUGAUAUG